AUGGAAACGCUGCAGGCCUACAAAGAAGAGCUCUGGCACAAUCCCGAGAACUACGGUCUUAGCGUCUAUCGAAGACACGGAUCUUGCCACAUUAUGAGACUUCAGCAUGAAGGGUCACAUUCCGUGAUCGAGGACUAUGAUGCGGACUAUCUUGGCCAUAAGGCGAUUCAGAACAUCUGUGGCUUCAUCCACAAGCAUCCCUACGAGCCCAUCCGACUAGAAAUCCGUUUGCAUUUUUCAAACAUUCGAAUGUUGCCUGGGUCUGUGUACUGUGAAUGGGAGAGGAUUGUGAUUGGAGAGAUCGAUGCAAAGCUAGCUGAAAGCCCUUUCCCCGGUCGAGAUUUUCUGCCCCGUGUCCACCGCGAUCAACUGACCUCCAAAAAGUUGAUAUUUGAAAUCACAAAAGAGAGGCUGAAUCGAAGAUGCUCGCAGGCAGAUCCGGCAAAUAUAUGUGAUGAGAUUGUCAGCAAACGAGCCUCAACUCUAUUCAUAGCGUGCAUCUACCACAAGCUAGACAUCGAUAUCAUUUUACACUUGGUCCAGGAUCACGGUUACAACGAUGGCAAUCUCCCACCAUCCACCGCAGUGGCCGGACAAUGA